AUGUUCCGCCUCCCCAGAGCCUGCAACCAACCCAUCAUCGACGCCGACGCCGAUGACGGUGAUAGCGAUGCCUCAAGCAACUCGGCACCCACAUCAGUAUACACCGACAGCGACAGCGACGCGUCCGAAGAAGCCUACGAGCCCGGCCCCUCCUCCCGCAAGCCCAAACCCAAAGCUAAAGCACCUCCAAAGCGCAAGCGCGCCGCCCCCGCCAACUCCCCCCGCCAGCCCAAGCGCCCCCGCCAGCGCCAGCGCGCGGGAGCAGGAGCACUGGCAGACGGCGCCGGUGAGGGGCAAGAGCUCCGCACCGUCCCCGACGCGCUCGCGCCGUCGCUGAUCUGUGUCCUGAUCGGGCUGAACCCGGGGCUGAUGACGGCGGCGGUGGGGCACAUGUAUGCGCACCCGCACAACCACUUCUGGCGGCUGAUGCACGCGGGCGGGCUCACGCCGGACCGGGUGUGUCCGCCGGAGAUGGACCAGCGGCUGCCGGAGGUGUAUUCGCUGGGGCUCACGAACCUGGUUGAGCGCGCGUCGGCGGGGCAGGCGGAUCUGACCAGGGCGGAGAUGGAGGCGGGGGUGGCGGUGUGUGAGGCGAAGCUGAGGAGGUGGAGGCCCGAGAGCGUGUGUAUUGUGGGGAAGGGGAUUUGGGAGGUGAUUUGGAGGGCGAGGAGGGGGAGGGCGCUGGCGAGGGACGCGUUUGUGUGGGGGUGGCAGGAAGAGGGGUGGGGUGCGGGGGAGGGGUGGGAGGGCUCGAGGGUGUAUGUGGUGCCGAGUACGAGCGGGUUGGCGGGGGGGAUAUCGAUGGAGUUUAAGAGGGAGUGUUGGAGGACGUUGGGGGACUGGGUGCAGAUGAGGAGGGGAGAGAGGGGGGAGGUAGCGCCGGGGGUGGUGGGGGCGGGAGGAGAAGGAGGUGGAGGUGGUGGAGGUGGUGGUGGUGGUGCGGGAGGUGAGGGAGGUGAGGGAGGCGAGGGAGGAGAGGGAGGAGGAGGAGAUGCGGAGGAUGAAGGUCCAGCGGAAAAUGCCUAG